AUGGCAAGUACUACCACUUCUCGGAAACCGUCACUAAGAUUCCAAUUACCCUCUAAUGAUAAUCAGUAUGAAAAUGGAAAUGGAAAUGGAAAUGGUACUAACACUAACAAUAAGAAUUUGUCAGCAGGCAGUUUAGUAACACCUCCCCCAACGGCGGAUAUGUCACCAUUCUUGGAUAGUUCAGCGACUAUCUUAGAAGAGCCUCAAACUCCCACGAGAAAUGACACCGUAAUGAAGAGAAAUAGAUGGGGAACUACUAGAAAUAAACUGGGAAGACCGAGUCGAGCCCGUACUAUACGGAGAAUUUUAGGGCAAGACAAGAAAUCGCAUAACAACAACAAUAAUAAUAACACCAAUAAUAAUAAUGAAGAUGAUAAUGAUGAUGAAAAUAGUUUACAUAGUGUAGAUUUAACGCAGGAUUCUAUAGACCAUAAUGAUGAAGAAUCAAAUUCAUCAGAAGAUCCUCGAGAUCGUAAAUCCGAAACCAGAAUUAUAUCAUUUAAUCAAUCAUUACCGGAAGAAUAUCUUGAUCCAGAAACCGGUAAACCAAAUACCGAUUAUGCCCGAAAUAAAAUUAGAACUACUAAAUAUACUCCAAUAAGUUUUAUACCCAAGAAUAUCUCGUAUCAAUUUUUACAUAAUGUGGCUAAUAUUUAUUUCCUUGCAUUAAUUAUUCUUGGAGCUUUUGAUAUAUUUGGAGUUCCAUCCCCCAUCUUAGCUGCUGUACCACUUAUAGUGAUUGUAGUUAUAACUGCUAUCAAAGAUGCUAUAGAAGAUUCUCGAAGAACAGUAACUGAUUUAGAAGUUAAUAAUCAAAUUACUCAUAUACUUAAUCAAAUUAAUUAUGAUGUUGAUUAUAAAUAUGAAAAUCUUAAUAAUGAUGAUGAAAAGAUUUCAUUAUGGAGACGAUUUAAAAAGGCCAAUACUCGAUUAUUAAUAAAAGUUUGGGGAUCAUCUAAACAAAAUUUAACUAAAAAGGGUAGAUUAGAAAAGAAGAGAAAAUUAGCUAAUGAAUCACUUGAAGAUACUAUGGGAGUUAAUAAUAGAAAGUCAUUUGAUAGUGAUAUUGUUGAUUUAAGUCCUCGGAAUUCAAUUGAAGAUUAUGAUCCAUUUGAAGAUAAUACCAACACUCAAGAUCAAUUAAGAAAAUCAUUUCAACAACAAAGAAGAGAACGAUUAAGUCAAGAAUUUAAUUUUGGACGUAAAAGUCAUCAAAGUCAUCGUAGUAAUCAUCGAGAAAAGACCCUUAAAUUUGCUAAAAAGUUUUGGAAAGAUGUUCGAGUUGGAGAUAUGUUAAGAAUAUAUAAUAAUGAUGAAAUACCAGCUGAUAUUGUUAUAUUAGCUACUAGUGAUGAAGAUAAUUGUUGUUAUGUUGAAACUAAGAAUUUAGAUGGAGAAACCAAUUUAAAAGUUAAACAAGCCCUUAAAUAUUCCUCAGUUGAACAACCAAUUAAACGAGCAGAUGAUCUUAUAAAUCAUCAAUUCUUUGUAGAAAGUGAAGGACCUCAUGCUAAUUUAUAUUCUUAUCAAGGGAAUUUAAAGUAUGAAGAUUCUCAAGAUGAAGAACAACAAGAACCAAUAACUAUUAAUAAUUUAUUAUUAAGAGGUUGUUCAUUAAGAAAUACAAAAUGGGUUAUUGGAAUUGUGGUAUUUACUGGGGAUGAUACUAAGAUUAUGUUAAAUGCUGGAAUAACUCCCACCAAACAAUCUCGUAUGUCUCGAGAUUUAAAUUAUUAUGUUAUUCUUAAUUUCGUUAUGUUAUUUGUAAUUUGUUUCCUUUCCGGACUUAUUAAUGGUUUAUGGUAUAGAAAAAGUCCUACAUCACGAGAUUAUUUUGAAUUUGGAACCGUGGCUGGUACUCCAGCUAAGAAUGGGAUUGUAUCAUUCUUUGUGGCUCUUAUCUUAUAUCAAUCAUUAGUACCCAUUUCACUUUAUAUUACUAUUGAAAUCAUUAAGACGGCUCAAGCAUUUUUCAUUUAUUCGGAUAUUUCAAUGUAUUAUGAACGAUUAGAUUAUCCUUGUACACCUAAAUCAUGGUCAAUUUCUGAUGAUUUAGGACAAAUUGAAUAUGUAUUUAGUGAUAAAACAGGGACAUUAACUCAAAAUCUUAUGGAAUUUAAAAAAUGUACCAUUAAUGGAGUUUCUUAUGGUAAAGCAUAUACUGAAGCAUUGGCUGGAUUAAGAAAAAGACAAGGAAUAGAUGUUGAUGCCGAAAGUGCCAUUGAAAAGGAAAAUAUUGCUCGUGAUAAAGUUAAUAUGCUUGCUCUUUUAAAGGAUAUAUCACCAGCCACCAGUAAAUAUGAAGAUGAAUUAACAUUCAUUUCAUCAGAUUUCGUUCAGGACUUGUUGGGAACAGGAGGAGAUAUACAAAAGCAAAGUAAUGAACAUUUUAUGUUGGCUUUAGCAUUAUGUCAUUCAGUAUUAACUGAGCCUGAUCCCAAGAAUCCUCAUAAACUACUGUUAAAGGCUCAAUCACCUGAUGAAGCAGCUUUAGUAGGAACAGCUCGAUCCGUCGGAUAUAUCUUUAAAGGAGCCACUAAAAAGGGACUCUUGGUAGAAAUCCAUGGAGUCACUAAAGAAUAUCAAGUGUUGAAUGCAUUAGAAUUCAAUUCCACAAGAAAGAGAAUGAGUGCCAUUAUCAAAAUCCCAGGAAAUACUCCUGAAGAUGAACCUAAAGCCUUAUUGAUUUGUAAGGGUGCCGAUUCAAUUAUUUAUUCUCGAUUACUGAAGACUCAGAAUGAUCCUCAAUUAUUGGCUACUACUUCAGAACAUUUAGAAGCUUAUGCCACCGAGGGGUUGAGAACUUUAUGUAUUGCCCAACGAGAAUUAACCUGGAGUCAAUAUACAGAAUGGAAUAAACGUCAUCAAGUGGCCGCUUCAGCUCUUGAGAAUAGAGAAGCCAAGAUGGAAGUAGUGGCUGAUUCAAUUGAACGAGAAUUGAUUUUAUUAGGAGGAACAGCCAUUGAAGAUCGUUUACAAGAUGGAGUACCCGAUGCCAUAAGUGUAUUGGCCCAAGCCGGAAUUAAAUUAUGGGUGUUGACGGGUGAUAAAGUCGAGACCGCCAUUAAUAUCGGAUUCUCGUGUAAUUUAUUAGGUAAUGAUAUGGAAUUAUUAAUCUUAAAGACGAAAUUAAGUCCCGAAGAAAAUGAAAAGUAUGGUACUAAUAAAGAUUUAACCGAUGGAAGAUUAGUGGAUUACUUAAUUAGUCAUUAUCUUCAGAGUAAUUUCAAUAUGACUGGACUGAUCGAAGAGCUUACUGAAGCCGAAGGUGAUCAUUCUCCACCAGAUGAACGAUUUGGUGUUGUCAUUGAUGGUGAUGCACUUAAAUUGGCAUUAGCUGAUGGAGAAACUAAACGGAAAUUCUUAUUAUUAUGUAAACAAUGUAAAGCCGUAUUAUGUUGUCGAGUGUCGCCAGCUCAAAAGGCUGCGGUGGUUAAACUUGUUAAGGAUACUUUGGAUGUUAUGACAUUAGCCAUUGGUGAUGGAUCGAAUGAUGUGGCUAUGAUUCAAGCUGCCGAUGUAGGAGUUGGUAUAGCCGGAGAAGAAGGUAGACAAGCUGUUAUGUCAUCAGAUUAUGCCAUUGGACAAUUCCGAUUCUUAAGUCGAUUAUUAUUAACUCAUGGACGUUGGUCAUAUAAGAGAUUUAGUGAAAUGAUUCCAAGUUUCUUCUUUAAGAAUGUUAUUUUUAAUUUCGCCUUAUUCUGGUAUGGGAUUUAUAAUAACUUUGAUGGAUCCUACUUAUUUGAAUUCACUUAUUUAAUGUUUUAUAAUUUGGCAUUUACUUCACUUCCAGUAAUCUUUUUAGGAGUCUUUGAUCAAGAUGUUAGUGCCAAAGUUUCAUUAUUAGUUCCUCAAUUAUAUCGUACGGGGAUCUUACGAUCAGAAUUCCGUGAUAGUAAAUUCUUUUGGUAUAUGGCCGAUGCUACUUAUCAAUCGAUUAUUUCCUUCUUUUUCCCUUAUUUGAUAUAUUAUCAAGCAUUUCCAAAUGCUAAUGGAUUACCAUUAGAUCAUAGAUAUUGGAUGGGGAUUAUUGUAACUUGUAUUGCCUGUAUUUCUUGUAAUUUAUACAUUUUAUUACAUCAAUAUAGAUGGGAUUGGCUUUCUAGUUUGAUUGUGGCAAUCUCUAUAUUAAUUAUCUAUAUUUGGACAGGAUUAUGGACUACUACCACUUAUAGUGCUGAAUUUUAUAAAGCUGCUCCACAAAUGUUUGGUACAUUAUCAUUUUGGGUUUGUACAUUUGUUGGAGUUUUAGUAUGUUUAUUACCGAGAUUUACUUAUGAUUUUAUUAAGCAGCAAUAUUGGCCAAAGGAUAUUGAUAUUAUUAGAGAAUGUGUUCAAAGAGGUGAUUUUGAUGCUUAUCCUGAUAAUUAUGAUCCAACAGAUCCUAAUCGUGUUAAAAUUAGUAGUUAUAGUACUGAAGUAAUUAAGAGAAUGAGUAUGUCUCCUAAUCCGAAUAUUAAACGAAAGACAUCUUCACCUCCAUCAUUUUCUAGUCAACCUGAUACUGAUGCAACUAUUAUAGGAGGUUCUGGUUCUGGUUCUGGUAGUGGUUCUGGUAGUGGUUCUGGUAGUGGAAGUAAUGGAUCUCCAAAGAUGAGAUCUCCAACUAUCCCACCUCCUCCAUUACCUAGUCAUAUAUCUAAUGCUCAUAUCCAAAAUCGGAAAUCAUUUAUUGAUAUCUUUAAAAGAAAAUCUCAGGGCAUAUCUUCUACAUCAUUCUAUGAUAAAGAUGGAAGUUUAAUUGAUGACUAUGGUAAUAAUAAUGCCCAUACCCAUACCCAUACCCAUGUUAAUGCCAGUGUGGAUUCAUUAGGUAAUCAAUCAGUAACAACCGAAGAAAUUGCUAUGGAAGAUUUUAGUCAUAAUCAACGAGUAGCCUCCCAAAUUUCGAGUGAUAUGAGAAGAAUCUCUCAACAGUAUUCUGUUCACUCACGGAAGUAA